GGCAGCGGGGGAAGAUGGCGGCUAGCGUUCCACAGCGGGCGUGGACCGUGGAGCAACUGCGCAGCGAGCAGCUGCCCAAGAAGGACAUUAUCAAGUUUCUUCAGGAUCACGGUUCAGAUUCGUUUCUUGCAGAACAUAAGCUAUUAGGAAACAUUAAAAAUGUGGCCAAGACAGCCAACAAGGACCAUUUGGUUACAGCUUAUAACCGUCUCUUUGAAACUAAGCGUUUCAAAGGUACCGAAAGUAUAAGUAAGGUGUCAGAGCAGGUGAAAAAUGUGAAGGUUAAUGAUGACAAACCCAAAGAAACCAAGUCUGAAGAGACUCUGGAAGAGGGUCCACCAAAAUAUAUAAAAUCUGUUCUUAAAAAGGGAGAUAAAACCAACUUUCCCAAAAAGGGAGAUGUUGUUCACUGUUGGUAUACAGGAACAUUACAGGAUGGGACUGUUUUUGAUACUAAUAUUCAAACAAGUUCAAAGAAGAAGAAAAACGCCAAGCCUUUAAGUUUUAAGGUUGGAGUUGGCAAAGUUAUCAGAGGAUGGGAUGAAGCACUCUUGACUAUGAGUAAGGGAGAAAAGGCUCGACUAGAGAUUGAACCAGAAUGGGCUUAUGGAAAGAAGGGCCAGCCUGAUGCCAAAAUUCCACCAAAUGCAAAACUGAUUUUUGAAGUGGAAUUAGUGGAUAUUGAUUGAAAUAGCAACACUUCAGGUCUAAAGACAAAGCCAACAAUGAUACAACUGCCUUGAAAAAAAACUUAAGUAACUAAUUAGAGCUGGUUACUAUUGUAUUUAAGGGAGGAAUCAACUGGUAAAUUCCAGUAGGUUAAAACCUAUUUACUCAGUCCUCAACUUUUGAGAAAUGUAAUCCCUUAUUAUAAAUCCUUAACAUCUAAAAUAUUUUACAGCUCCGUAAAAUAUUGGUUAAAGAGUAUUUUCCUUUUACCUCAUGUUGUAAACUAAAAGGCUCAAUUAUAAAGUUAUCCACUGUCUUGA